AUGCCGCCGAAGAGAAGAACUGAAAGAGAUGAGGGAUCGGAUACCGACACAGAUGUCGAGUUGAAUAGAACAGUGAUUUCGUCACCAAAUGUUACAAUGUCGGAGGAUAUGCUAAAUGCCCUUGUCUCCAACAUCACUAGAGGUCAAGUGGAAGCGAAUAGAGUUCUGAUUGAAAGUAUUUCCGCGGGAAACAAAAACCCGUUGAUUACGUCACAACCGCGCGCCAAAGUCGCCGACGCACACACGCAUGCGCCACGCGCAAGAAACUUUGCGAAAUGCACGGCGCGAUUUAACGGAUCAUCGAAGAACGCGGAUGAGCUCGAAGCAUUAAUCGAGGCCAUCGAAGUCUACCGCAACUGCACCAACGUCAGCAACGAGCACGCGCUGCGCGGCCUGCCGAUGCUGCUGGUGGGCGAGGCCGCCGUCUGGUGGCAAGGCAGGUCGUCGGUCACGUCGUGGACCGACGCCCUACAACGACUUCGAGGGAUGUUUGGAGUGCCGCGACCCGGUUAUAAAAUACUCCCGAGACAUUUUCGCUACCGAACAAAAUAG